GAUGCAAAGCAAACACCAGCUUGCAUAGCAGUUCGAAAGCUUCCAUGGCUCAGCUUGGAUCCCUUUCUGCUGAAUUAGAGUCACUGAACCAAGUCCUGAGCCUGAUGGAGGCGUUUAGAGCCUUCGAUUCAGACAAUGAUGGCUUUAUUACAGCUGCUGAGCUUGGCGGCAUCUUGGGGUCACUUGGAUACAACGCAAGUGAACAAGAUGUGAGUGCAAUGAUGCAGCAAGGAGACACUAACAAGGAUGGUUUGCUAAGCAUGCAAGAGUUUUUGGAGAUGAACACCAAGGAUAUGGAGCUCGGUGAACUUGCAACCUUGCUCCAAACUGCCUUUGAUGCUCUUGAUGUUGAUGUUGAUGGUAUUGUUACUGCAGAGGAAUUGUACGAGGCUACAGUUAAUGGCGGGUUAGAUUUGUCUUUGGAGGAUUGCCAAGGCAUUAUUGCUUCCAUAGAUGCAGAUGGUGAUGGAGCUGUUAGCUGCAAUGACUUCAAGCUGAUUGUUAAUUCCCUUCAGAUCCUAGAAAAUUCAUUUCUGAUGUAGGAUAACUAAUACUGUCUGGACCCAAAUGGAGCUUUAUUGGGAGAUCGCACGAGUUUUAAGUCAUAAAAUUACUAGCGUUAGCAUGAAGCAUAUAUAUAAAAAAUAAGACUCCACUUGUUCUCUACCUUUAUUUUCUUGAAUAUAAGCAUCUUUGAGUGUCUAA